CCGAACUUUGCCCCACUGCCGUACGGGCCUCCCCGGGGGGGGGGGUCUGGGGGGCGGAUAGGGGGCUUCCCCGACGCUAAACUGGUCUCGCCGGUGACCCUGCUGCUGCAAUGAUCCUGGACACCUCCUGCAACUGGCUGGCGGCCUCCGGGGCCAGCGGCGCGGCAGCAGCUGCAGCGCUGUCGGGCGCGCCUUCAGGUGACGGCGGGGCAGUCAUCGCUGCCGGCGGCAUGCCCCACCGCAAUCACUGCAUGAAGGUCGCAGAUUUCGGGCUCACCAGCCACCUGGUCAACGGCCUGCCGCGCACCAUCCACACCGGCAGCGGCUGGGGCGCCAUCGCGUACCUAGCUAGAUGCGGCGCCCUGCUGUGGCACAUGUGCUCGGGCGUGCCGCCGCACUCGCAGCUGCACCCCGCCCAGAUCCUGGUGGGGCUGGCGGGCGGGGAGCUGCAGCUGGAGUGGCCGGCAGACGCGAAGCCCACGCUGCGCAAGAUCGGCGCCGCCUGCCUGCAGCACGACCCCGCGGCGCGGCCGUCGUUCGACCGCGUCGUGUGCGCGCUCAUCAAAGCGGUGGAGAGGACGCUUAACAAAGGGUUGCGCAGUGGGAGGAAGCCAAGCGGCGCCGUGCGUGGCACAACCAGUGGCCCCGCUGCCGCCGCCGUGAUCAGCAGCGCGUCACAACCCCGGGCUGCUCAGGCGGCAGCUGUCGGCGGGACCCGAGAUCGUGGCGCCGGCAGCGCUGCAGCCCCUGGGCCGUCAGCAGGGCCCAGCCUGCAGCCAGCCGGCGGUGGGUCGGUGGACGUGGCGCCUUGUGUGGCCCGGACAGCACGCAGCCGUGGCGACUGCCCAGAGGACGGCGACGGCGGGCGGGGUUCACUGCAGGGCGACGCACCUAGCAGCCUGCUGAGGGCCACCUUCAAAUGCGUGCCAGGGGCAACGCCGCUAGCGGCGGAGGCGCCAGGGCAGGCCACGCCCAAAGACAGCCGCGAACAGACUCAGCAGCAGGACACCCGCCGAGGCCACGCCUGCGUGCCGCAGGAGCGGGAGGCGCAGAUGCUUUUGCAUAUGGGUAGCAGCAGUCUGGCGUGCGACAUGCUCACUGCCAGUGACCGCAAAGCGACCAACGUGGUGAUGAACACCGGCGGGGCGGCCGGCGGCGACAACGGCGGCAGCGGCGGUGCCUCCGGUUGGGCCAACCCCAGUCACCCGAGUAACGGUGGCGGCAGCUCGACUCUGCACCAUGCCGCAGCUUGGGGCGGCAGGAAGGCUUAAAGUUUGGGCAUGUGGGUUGAACAGGGACUGGACUGGACCGGGUUUGAUGUACUCACUCGCACUAUGCCUUAUGUUCAUUGAAGCAGUAGCGGAGAUGUGCUACUGAUGCAUGGGUCCAUCUGCCUGGCGGGGAACGCGCCAGGAAGACGGCCCUUGCGCGCAAAUUGAGCACCUGCAUGCUAUCUAGGGGUUGCAUUGGACCCUCGAAAAUCAAGACUUUAAUACAAUAGCAAACACUAGGUGAAGCCUAAGCAUCACAGGGUGUAAAACCGCCCUUGCGAAGCACACCUUACUUCAUGCCUUGCGUUAUCGUCUGUGUGGCCACGCACUUACGCUCGAGUUGGGUACAGAUAGCGCACAGCGAUGCAGGGCACAAGCUCACGGCCAAGCAUGUGUAUGUGUGGCGGUGUAACUGGAUAGCCGUUGAUGGCCAUUGAUGGCCGCUGUUUGCGGUGUGUUUCACCUGUGCUGCGCAGCUCAUAACACGUUCAUUGACACCCAGUGGCAAAGAAUUAACCUCAUUGCAUUUUCAACUUGUAUUCCCACACGGCUCUGCGGCACCACUUUGCGCUGUGCAUGGUGGCGGUGGUGGUUGUGUUGCGUGAGCGUGACAGGGCAUAACAGCAGGCGCCCGGUCAUCACUGGGGGCAUUUGCCAUACGUAACUGCGUGGGCCUCUACGAACAUAGUUUUGUUUGUAGUACGGCAGCGUUAUAGGGCGUUGGCGCGGCUGCGUGUUCGGGCUGGGCCACUGCAGUUUGACUGGGUACGAAGGCCUGACGGCUGAGGAGGGAGGGGCAAGCCGGGGUACUGCGUAGCGGUAUGGCUGGGUUUGAUUGAGAACUGGGGAGUGGAAGGCAGUACUAGAGGUGCACGGGGUAGCUAGCCUAUUACGCUGCUUGCGGGGCACGCUCCAUGGAUUGCUAGGCGGUCCGCUAGUGGCGCAGCAGGCCAGGUGGGUGACGGUGCGUUGCGGCUGGGGUGACGCCCACGGGUGACGCCUGGUCGGCGGGGCCGCUUCAGUUUUUGCAAUCGCGCCAAAAAUAGAAAGAGGGAACAUAGUAUCCAUAUUCGUUGUCGAUGUACCGUCGAUGGGACAAGGCGCUGCUUCCAAUGAGUUGAACUUGCUGUUGGGGACUUGUGUGCUUCCAGCACAACACUCGAUGCAGCAGUGACACAUUGUACAAACUGUUGGCCACAUUCAUUAGAAUAUUGUUAUGUUACACCUUUAGGGUUGCCCGUGGCCACCCGCGGAGGACGGACAAUAUGUGUCCUCGCCCAAUCUUCCUUAAAGGAAAGACACAUCUGCAAUGCUAGUAGCGAGAUCGAAUGUUCUGCUGCCUCCAGGGGCUUGUGAAGCGGCGUGGGAACGCGUCGCAUAGCGGAGCAAGUCUGCCUGAGGGAACUUUAGACAGCCCACCCCAGCCGCAGCAAAACGACUGUCAUGCCAAGGGCAGACGCAUCCUUGGUGAUGGCGUCCAAGCUUUUCGGCGCAGCGGCAGUCGAACUUCCGCCGCACCGCGUUUCCAAACAAGCGUGACGACUGACACCGUGUUGUCCUCGUCUGAUGUCUGGUCAUCGUUGUGGCAAACACAGCCUGCGAGCUGGGGCGGGGGAGGCUUCUGCAUUAAGGAAGUGUCCUCGUUAAA